AUGAACACGCCAUUUGCACUUUCAAAAUUAGUAAAGCACACUGUUACUUUCAAGAAGCAGCUGCCGCCCGUAUUGUCGUUACAUCAACAGCAUCGCAUGCAUUCAGCUCAACAACCAACCCGUCAGCAAACGUCUACUCCAGAUAGAAAGCUUGGGUCAGUUCACUGGAAAUUGGAAAGAGUAACAGCCAUUUCCAUGGUGCCACUUAUCAGUGCUACAUUCAUCAUGGGCCCAAAUACGCUGGCUGAUGUUUUGCUUGGUGUCCUGUUGCCAUUCCAUGUUCAUAUGGGUUUUGAUGCUUGUAUUACAGACUACUUUAAUCCUUCAAGAGCAAAUCCUUUACUCUGUAAAGCCAUGACAUACACACUACACACUUCAUCUACUGCAGUUAUGCUCGGCUGUGCUUUGUUUAAUUACAGAGAUAUUGGUAUCACAGAAUUCAUACAAAGAUUCUGGGCUGCUUGA